AUGAUGAGAGUUUGCAGCAGAGCUCUGGUGGGGAUGGUGAAGCCCUAUAACUUGAUGAGACCUGAAUCAGUGACCCUGGUUGCUAGCAGAAACCUGUCUCAUCAGAAGGACCUGCCCAGUCAGCCUGUCCCCCCUCUGCAGCAGACCUGUGACAUCUACCUCCAGUACAUGGAGCCCAUGUUGGAGGGGGACGAGCUGAAGCGAGCAAAAAAACUGGUUGAAGAGUUUCGUAAAAAAGGAGGGGUCGGAGAAAGACUGCAGAGAAGCCUGGAGAGGAAAGCAGAGAACUCUGAGAACUGGAUGACAGAGGAUUUUGUGAAGAAUGAAUUCCUCAUCCACCGGAAGCCUCUGGUGAGCUUUUCAAGCCCUGCGGCAAUCUUUCCUCGACUGGACUACAGAGAUAAAAAGGGACAAAUAAGAUAUGCUGCCAAACUCAUACUUUCUGCACUGGAUAUAAAAAUAAUGAUUGAGAAUGAUACACUACCAGUAGAUUACAUGAAAGGGAAGCCGCUGUGUAUGAAGCAGCACGAGCUGCUGUUUUCAUCGUGCCGUAUCCCUGGUGAGACGGAAGACACCAUGGAGUACUACAUCGACAAACAUGUAACUGUAGUACACAAUGGUCAAUUCUUUAAGCUGGAAGUGUACAACAGUGAUGGGAGUCCACUGACAGUGGAUCAACUCUGUGUUCAGCUGGAGAGGAUCUGCAGCGCCUCACUAGAGAUCACCAUGGAGCCUGUAGGCAUCCUCACCACCCAGCGUCGUGACGUCUGGCACAAAGUCUACAACAACCUCAUCAAGGAUAAGACCAACAAAGAGUCAGUAUUGGCUAUCCAAAGCAGCAUCUUCACAGUGUGUUUGGAUGGAGCGAUGCCCCCAGUGUCUGAUGAAAUGUAUCGCAGUAGUACUUUGUGUCACUUACUGCAUGGAGGAGGCAGCCAGUUGAACAGUGGAAACCGCUGGUUUGACAAGGUGAUGCAGUUAAUUAUUGGAGAAGAUGGAACAUUGGGUUCAAACCUCUCAAAUACCGUUGCUGAUGGUGUAGCCCAAAUGUCCUUGUGUGGUCAUUUUGUAGCAGGCUUGAAAAGGCCAGAGGUGACGCAGUCUCCCAUAGAGUCUUUACCUGUGCCCCAGAAAUUACGCUUCAACCUCACACCUGAGAUCCAGAAGGACAUUGAGGAGGCCAAGCAGCACAUGAACACACUGGCCCGAAAAAUCGAUCUGAGCUUCAAGGAAUUUGACCACUUUGGGAAAAAUUUCAUAAAGACCUACAAGAUGCGCCCCAAUGCUUUUGUACAGAUGGCGGUAAAGCUGGCCUACUACAGGUUGUACCAGCAGAUCUGUCCAUCAAUGGAAUAUGUCACCCUGCGUGCAUUCAAACUUGGACGUGUUAGUAUGAUGAAUUCAAACUCGCCUGCCUCAGUUGCCUUUGUCAAGGCUUUUGAUGACCCCAAAAUACAGAACACAGAACAAGGGACAGGUUGUUUAUUGCAGAAAGCUUUAGAUGCACAUGCAUGGUCCACAGAUCUGGCAUUGAGAGGCCAGGACAUGUUCAGCCACCUCUGGGGUCUGAAGCAGCAGGCUGUUGAAGAAAAAGUCCCCAUGCCCGAUAUCUUCACAGACAAUUCCUUUGAUAAAGUCUUUACCAUCAAUCUUGGUACAAGUUAUGUAGCAAAUAUGGCUGGAUGUUUGCCAUGUUUUGGCCCUGAAGAACCUGGACAAUACGAUGUGCUCUACAGUAUUAUGGAUGAUUGCAUUGAUAUUACAGUGGCCACUCUUAAAUCUUCCAAAACCCACGAAGGAUAUAGCACAACAGAUAUGUGUCUAGCUGUGAAGGAUGCACUGUUGGACUUCAGGACCUUGCUGGAACAAACAACACGUGACGGAGAUGGGAUCUCUGUGAUGCUGGCUCAAUAG